UUGUAUUUAUGUGGAGGCUACGGCUGCCGUAUGUCUGCUGGGACGCUGCCAUGUGCGUUUAAGAGUUGCUCGGCUGCAUUCCGUUACCUACCUUUAUAGAUUCUGAUCUAGCGCACCAGCUGGAACCUUACGUAGUUUGAAUUCGACAGCUGUCUACGACUGGGCGUUCGUACUUUCCGGUCAAACUGAAGUGGCUACACGGCAUAUUCAGUACCGCCAGCAUGUCCCUGAAAGCUUAUAAAGCAGGCAUGCCAUGCCCCCCUUUGGCACCUGGAAAGCUCCGCAUCUACGGCAUGCGCUUCUGCCCGUUCUGUCAUAGGGCGUUCCUCGUGCUUCAUGCCAAGAAUAUCGACCAUGAAGUAGUUAAUAUCAACCUCAAGGACAAGCCUGAAUGGCAUUUCAAGUUAAAUCCUGCUGGCAAGGUUCCCAUAGUCCAACAAGACGACAAGCUGGUCUGUGAAUCACUGAUUGUGUCCGAGUAUUUGGACGAUGCAUAUGGAAAGGCAAAGCUUCUGCCAGCUGACCCCUACCUGAAAGCAAGGGAGAAGAUGUUUAUUGAAGUUGGUUCUGCGGCUUUGAUGCCAGUGCUGAAGAUACACUACAACAAGGACAACAGAGUUGAGCUGUGGAAAGAGUUCAAGGAGAAGGUACGUGCUUAUGAAGAGGAACUGUCAUCCAGAAAGACUCUCUACAUUUCUGGUGACAAACCUGGCUUUGCAGACUACAUGGUUUGGCCGUUCUUCCCUCGAGUGCAAGCAUUUGCAACAAUCUUUCCUGAGUUGAAGCCUCCCACUGCUGAAGAGUUCCCUUAUCUUCAUAAGUGGAUUGAAGCUAUGAAGAAAGACAAAGCAGUUGCGGCCACUCUGAACGAACAGCACCUGCUGGAGCACACCAAGAGUGUGCUUGACAAUAACGUGAAUUAUGAUGUAGGCUUGUGAUUACACAAGUGACUAAUUAUGUUGAUGCUCACCAUAUGGUGGCAUUCUUCUUGAAAUAACUUCUUUAGUAACAGAGAUUUACAGAACUAAUGCUAUUUAUGCUUCUACAUGAUGCCCCAGCUAUUGUACACAGAGCUUCACAGGAACAUAGAUCAUUCUACGAGAAUAACAAGUGUGUGUUACUUAAAACCUUGUUGAGAAACUGCCAGUAAUUUUUUAUUCCCAACAUUUAAUAAUAGUUAAAAGUUAUUAUCGGGCUCUUUAAUUGUUCUAAUUCUCAAGAUCUCAAUUAAGCAGUUGUAGGUAAUCGUAAGACGCAUCAAAAUGGGGGGGGUAUCCAACAAGGUACGCAUCUCGUGUUCACUUUUAGCAGCAAAUAAGACAAGCCCAGGAAAUAUGAAAAAUACCAUGUGACAGCGCACCUGUGUUCAUGAAAUAGCAGUGCCAUCAAACAGUCUCUGCGGGAAAGCAAGCUGUUCAUCUGAGACUCACCCCUCAAGACAGCACAUUUCCUUUACCUUAAUCAGCCUUGAUACACAGUAAUCGUCAGGAGUUGUUCACAUGCCAUGGGAAGAACAUGUGGGCUGUUAUUGCUGAUGCUUAGCCCAUUAAUAGACGAACAGCUUGCUUUCCCACUAGGCUGCUUGAUGGCUCUGCUGUUCUGUACACAUGGGUGCGCAGUCGCAUGAUAUCUCUAUUUUGUGGGCUUUUCUUGCUUGCCGGAAAAAAGUAAGCAUGUGAUGUGACCUUGCUGGAAACAUCUCAUCUUGACUUGCCUUAUGACUCUCUGCAACUGCCUAAUUGACAUCUUGGCAAUUAUAACUACAGUUAAAAUGUAGAUAAUCACUUUAAAUUAAAUAAUUAGCUGUCAGGGGCUAAAACAAUACUGGCAGUUUCUCAAUAAGACUCUACAUAACAUCCACUUCAUCUUAUUUGCAUGGAAUAAUUUAUAUGUUUUAAAACUUGGUUCAUGAUAGCUGGGACAGACUGCAUGCACUACGGGUUAUGGCCAGCAUAGUCACAGUACGCAUCUUUGGUGUUCUUAACAUGCUUAUAUCUCGGCUUUCAUUUUUGUUUUUGCAUGGAUGAAGUAAAGCCUUUGCAUGCAGCUCUUGCACACUUAC